AUGAGUUCCUUAUUAACAGCCAUCACUAUCAAUCCGGCCGAACGUCGGAGGACACAAAACCGGGUUUCAAAACGAAAAUCACGAGCCAAGGAAAAGCAUGCAGCCGCUGGUGACCAAGGCGCAUCCUCACCGGGCGCAGCACCUGCGCCGCAGCUACCCACAACGGACCUCACAUACGCAUCAGUCGUUGCCGAUCCGUACGUGUCAUGGGAGACUCCGCCCGAUGAACCAACACCAGAUCUCCACAACGCAACGUCACUAUUCUCCGCGUUGGAUGUUGGUCCAUCGGUCUGGCACAGCCCAUUUCCGUCCCAGGGUCCCCCAGACGACCAUUCGAACAUGUUUUCGCCUGGUAUCUCAGAGGCCUUGACACCGGGGAGCUUUGUCAAGCCGUGGACGAUGGACACGAACACGGAGAUCACGACCUCGUCAGGGCGACUGGAUGAGCUACCAGAUAUUACUUUGGAGGACGAUAUGUCACAAGUGGACGGCUGCAACCCGAUGCCGGGAACACCGCUGCACAUUGCUGCGGCUCUUGGUCACAUUAAGGUUGCCAGAACACUUAUUGCCCACGGGGCGGAUAUAAACGGCAUCGAUAGCGCAGGGCUCUCCCCGAUACACUACGCGACGCGCAGCAACCACUGCGCCAUGGUCGUGAAGCUGCUGGAGCAUGGAGCUGAUGUUCAUUCAAUGGAUUCCGAAGGUUGCACGCCUCUUUACAGAGCGGCUCAAAGUGGAAAUAACGAACUGGUUGAACACCUCCUACAGUAUGGGGCACGGCUUUAUUGAUAUUACGAAGGGGCGUCUUGCUAAGUUGACCUGAAGCUGCGCCA